AUGUAUCCAUCACUGGAUGUCCAGAGUAUGUGGCCGACUCAUCUGGCGUGUGCUCAAGGUCAGAUAGGCGGACAUUGUAUUUGGCGCAGUGGCACAACGCUGGUCAUCCGACAUGAGGGACAAUGGAAGCUGCUGGGUAUUGGUGUCUACGGCCCUGGCUGUGAGUCUCCAUCAAGAUUUCUGGACUACGGCAUGUACCAUUUGUGGGUGAAACGCAUUGUCUCCAAGAUAGGUCAGCCGACUAUCUCAAGGAUUGCCAACAAUUACGUGGUAUUGCGGAGAUCUACAUCGAACAUCCAGAGAUUCGGUCUAUGUGAUGCUGAGGAAACGACUAAGGAGAUUUUUACCGACAGCGCUACAAUGCUGGCGCCUCAUGAUGAGUAUGAUGACAUCGAUCCAGUGAUUACCGCUUAUUAUAAUGUCACAUUACUUGAAAACGUGGACUACCAUUGCAUAAUUUUCCAAGCGAAGAAAGAGCUGAACAUACCAGGAACUCCUCUCAUCAAGCUUCGUCGUACGUGUCCAAAUGGAGAUAACUCGUGUACGAGUACUAGGCAGAGAACCUUGUUCUAUUAUGUAGUGAUUAAGUUCAAACAUAUUUGUACGUUCACUGUUAACGCGUACGGCGUUUACAUAGUUACGAAUGGGACUGAUGUAGAUGAACUAGGACGACUUGUGAGAGUCAGUUAGGAUGACGGAAUUCU